AUGGCUAAGAUCAUGAAUCCUGAGCUUCGCCAGACCUUGCAUACCAUUUCGCGCAACCUCGAAUCUGCAAAUGAGACCGCACAGGAAAACAUUUACACCUUCACCCAGCUAUACAUCGAUCCUUGCUUGUCAGGUAUCAGAGGGUGCUUGAAGGACUGCACAGCGCCAUGCUUCCCUGGGCGUGAGGAGCACCUGCGUCGGAAACGAGGGCGCUCGAGAGGACGGCCAGAGCUCGAUUUCGAUUUUUAUGAUGACUGGGACGAGGAUGAUGGAACCGGAAACAAUCUGUUGGGCUGGGGCAAUGAUGAGUUGGACAGUCUACUAGCUGGGAGCAGUCGCCAGGAACGGCGAGGCGGGCAACCACGAAGGCAGCGCGCAAUGAGUUAUGGUUCUCGUGGGAGGAUGAAGAGGAGCCCUGCACACAAGAACAGCGAAGAGGAUCCGACAAUCAUCCCAAGUUCUUCAUAUCUGGGGUUCCUCGAACGAUUGCCAUUCAGAUUUGGUGGCCCACUACGCUACAAGCCGUCCGCAGCAGAUCUACAAGAACACCCUGGUCGGCUCAAAGGGAAUCAUUUGGACGAAGAGCCACUUCUCGAUGCCAACGAGGAGAGUGACCAAGAUAUACUACUUACUCAAGGCAGACAACGAAGCGCCACGGUAACUUCCCGAUCGACCACAAAUUCAUUGAGCUCCAGAGGGGAUCUGAUACCUAGCGAUGAAGAGGCUGAUGCUGUGCCAUUGGAUGAUGAAUUUGCGAUGGCCCUGGCAAGACGAAACACUGGUGUACCAUCAGAGGAUCACAGCAGUGGGAGGUCUCGCACCAGCAAACAGCCCCGGACGUCGAGGACAUCAACACGAACGUUGUCCUCCUUGUCGACCAAGAACUCAAAUGGCGCUGGUCGGGUGAGCUCAAUCAAGAGCCCCCAAGAUCUGGAACAGAUCAUUGCUCCGCCGGUCCUGUCAUUGGCAGAGUUACAGAAAGAGGAAGAACAAGCAAGGAUUGAUGAGCAGUCUGAACAGGCGAAGAAGCGGGAAGCUGCGUUGAAGCUUGCGGUUGACCGUGGGCUAAGCUCGACUGACAAGAUAUCGCACACUGAUCCCCACCUCGAACCUAGAAUGGAGGGAGACGAGGACACUAAGGUUCCACCUGAUAUGCAACCGACAAAAGUGCUAGAUCAAACCUGA